AUUCGGACGUACCUUGAUGCCUUCCUGCCUUGGAAUGCUGCCUCCGAAGGCAGCAUUUUAGAGCUUUCGGAUGCAGCCUGAAACUAGCGAAUUCCCUCAUCGUAAGCAACAAAGUACAGUUACGAACUGUGUUAGAAACUCUGGGUUCAGACCACACUGCUUUAGCAGUUUGCAGUUUGUGGUUGUAGCUUCAAUAUUUAUACCACGGCAUAAAACCAUAUUGAGCUUGUUGGAACUAUGGGAAGCUUCUUAAGUUGCAACCGAAGAAAGAAAAAACCUGAAAACACUGAUAAUGGCCAUCAGACUGAAACAGCAGCAGACACAAAGACAGAAGAUGUGCUCUAUGCCUCCAUUGACCACGGUAACAUCAGUCCAAACAGACCUGUCCGAGACGUGGAUGACAACGACUGUGAUUAUGCUGUUGUAAAGCUCCCUCAAAACACAACAAACACGGUCAAGCACACAAUCACCGAGGACAGUUCAGAUGAUUAUGUGCUCAUGGGCUGAGCGCUGAGAUGCUCACGUGGCGGAAUUCAGCACAUUCAGCUGGAAUGGACACCUGAGAUACACAAGCACAACUUUAACAGCUUGUCAGCUUUGUAUAGGUUGCAAUGAUAAUUCGCUUUUUAAGUUUUUUAUUUAUUUGGGAUUUGUUUAAAUUAUUAUUACAUUCAGCUAUUUUUGUCAAUGUGAAGUAAAAUAUGUUAAUGACUUUUGAUAUUUUAAAGCAUUUUGAGUAAUUACUACCUUCAUCUAUGUGCACAGUGAAUAAAAGUGCAUAUUAUGUCUCUCUUAUUUUAUGUAUGUGUGAUAUAUAAAGUGAUCUGUAUAAUAAAACUCAAGAGAAAUUUA